CGAUAGAGUAGUUUGUAACCGAUGUUGCGCGAUUUAGCUCCCUUUUGACCGACCUUGAUCGUGGUGAAGAAAUGUCUGCUGUUAAAAACGUAGGUUCGCGUGUUCUGUUUGCAGCGACUGGGAGAAAUUACAUCUUGCCAGCAGUUUAUUCCAGAUGCAGUUCGGUUUGGGCUGAUGUUCCAUUGGGACCCCCAGAUGCCAUUUUGGGUAUCACUGAAGCAUUCAAGAAAGACAAGAAUCCCAAGAGGAUCAAUUUGGGUGUAGGGGCUUACAGAGAUGAUGCCGGAAAACCAUUCAUUCUUGAGUCUGUCAAAAAGGCUGAGCGACAGAUGAUAGAGGAAGGUUUGGAUCAUGAGUAUGCCCCGAUAUCUGGUUUCCCAGCUUUCACUGAGGCAUCCGCUAAACUGGCUUUAGGAGACAACAGCCCUGCUGUUGCCGGUGGACUGAAUGCUACAGUACAGGGUAUUUCUGGGACUGGAUCUCUAAGAAUUGGAGGGGAUUUUCUGAAACGAUUUUAUACCAAAAGCCACGAAAUUUACUUCCCAACACCUACUUGGGGAAAUCAUACACCAAUAUUCAAAGAUGCGGGCUUGACAAUCAAGCCAUAUCGUUAUUACGACCCUAAAACCUGUGGCUUUGACUUCAAUGGAGCCCUAGAAGAUAUCAGUAAAAUUCCAGAAGGCUCCAUUAUUCUGCUCCAUGCGUGUGCACACAACCCAACAGGAGUGGAUCCCCAGCCUGAACAAUGGAAGGAGAUUAGCAAAGUUGUUAAAAAGAGGAAGCUGUACCCAUUCUUUGACGUGGCGUACCAGGGCUUUGGCAGUGGCUGUAUUGACAAAGAUGCGUUCGGUCUUCGACAUUUCAUUGCUGACGGCCACACUCUGUGCCUUGCACAGUCGUAUGCCAAGAACAUGGGCCUGUAUGGUGAGAGGGUGGGAGCAUUCACGAUCGUGUGUUCUGACAAGAAAGAGCAGGAGCGAGUGAUGUCCCAGCUGAAGAUCCUCAUCCGCCCGAUUUACUCCAACCCACCCAUCCACGGCGCUCACAUCGUGGCCAAGGUUCUCAACCAACCAGAUCUACGGUCUAUCUGGCUGAAGGAGGUGAAGCAGAUGGCAGACCGUAUCAUCACGAUGCGUACGCGACUUAGGGAUGGACUGAAGAAGGAAGGCUCUUCCCAUAACUGGCAGCAUAUCACCGACCAGAUCGGCAUGUUCUGCUUCACUGGUCUCAAGCCACCUCAGGUUGAGCGUCUGACGAAUGAGUUUUCUGUGUACCUUACCAAGGAUGGCCGCAUCUCAGUCGCUGGUCUGUCCUCAAACAAUGUGGAUUAUCUCGCAUCGGCAAUGCAUCAAGUCACAAAAUAAAUGCAAGGAAAUAGAAGGAAUAUUUUGUGAAAAUUCUGUUUCUUGACUUAUUUCCAACUUGCUACACAGUGCUAUGAAAAGUGCUAUAAGAUUUAUUUAAAAAAACAAAAUCAUUUAUAAUCUUGUUUCAUAUGGUUUGUGACAUAUUUACAUGGUGAUGCAUAUUAUAUUCAGUAAGGAGAUUUGAUAUUGACAAUUUAAAUGAUGAAUUACUUAACUAAUGUAGGAAAAAUAUUUUUUGGAAAUAUUUUUUCAAGUUUUCGUAGAUUUACACCUGGCAUUACCAUAACUUUUAUAUAGCGUUAAGAUACCUUAGAUAGGUUUUGAUAUUGCUUUUAAUUUUUAGAAUAAUAUUUUUGAUUUUGCUUGUUGAGAUGCAGAUAAUUUAAUUUAGAAUUUGUACCCAGAUACCAAUCAUAUAUAUAGAAAUCUCCACAUGUUAAGGUUUGUAUUUAGAAUUAGUACACUAAUCCUUUAUAAUGUUCAAAGUUAUUCUUUUAAAAUGUUUUUUAAUUCCGUUAAAAUAGUUUUCAUAUUUAUCAAACGCUUAUAUGGUAACGCAAAAUUAAAUUGUGUGUAUAAACCAUUUGAACAUGUUUCCUUAUGUCCUUAGUUAAUAAAUACUGCUCUGUUUGCUCUUUGACUGAACUGAUGCAUCAUGGGACAGUGGGAGGAAUCGGUCAAUUAUUUGAGUGGUCUUGAACCUUUCUUGUCUCUGUUUGUUGUUAUCUCUUUACAGUUAUCAUACAAAUUAUGAAGUUUGUUGUUUUGUUUGAAAAUACAGCAAUAGUGCAACAUGCUUUUGAUUUCUUUGUUUUAUGACUUCUAUUAAUGAUUAGGGGCUUUAUUAAACAUAACAACCACA